UAUUAGCGAGCGCUGACGGCAGAUGUAGGCCACGAAGGUCGCACGUACCGCGGACUAUUUAAACCUGAGCGCCAUGGUACCUUUUCAACAACAACCAUACCUUUCGAACGCUCUCUUUGAAUUAUAGCAAGUUUAUCAAUGGCAUUCCUCCUGCGAACUUCUGUCGUGCUUGCGUUUGCCAUGGCAUUCGCCAAUGCGGCCCCCGCCUCCAGUGACGUCUCCGACUCGGGGACUGUCGUCCCUGUGUCGACCUAUACUGCGAGCAGGAUCGAGCAUGCUCUGGUCGACUACAGUCCGUACUUGAUCGACGUUACGAGCAUGCUUACCUUUACGGAGUACUCGACCUCUACUGCCGACGCUGCAGCUGCGACGGAUUAGUUGUGGGGGCGGUGUAAUCUCACUAAUGUGUCCGUUCUGCUGGCUUUCAUCUGCUUGCAUGAUGUUUAAGGUUAAUAUGGCUCGUGCAUAACACUCCUUCGUACAUUCUUUCUGGUGAAUACCAUGAGCGGUUUAAUAUUUACAACGUUUUUAUUUGGCCACGUCGUUGCCAUAGUUAUCCGUAAAGUAGCUGAGGCACCCUGAAUUGGAC